AUGAUUGGGAGAAUGCAAGGAGAAUUUCUUGGUCGGUUCUACGAAUUCACCUUGAAGAUCUCGGGCUCAAAAUAUACCACUUCCAACUUGUUCUUGAAAGAAGUCCAUUCCCUAUAUCAUUUGAUAAACAAGUGGGAGACGGAAGUUGAGAAAGAUCUCGACUUGAGUAUCAUGGCUAGCAAGAUGAAGAUGAAGUACGAGAAGUAUUGGGGAGAUGUGGAUAAAAUGAACAAGCUACUUUACAUCGCCACUGUAAUGGAUCUGAGGUACAAGUUGGAUUUUGUUGACUUUGCUUUGAAAAAGGUGUAUCCUGAGGGUGGCAAGGGAGCACGUAUGGCGGGGGAUGUGAAGAAGGCUACAUUUGAUCUAUUUGCUCACUAUGUACAACUUUGA